AUGUCAUUGCGAGCUGCGUUGGAUCGCCAUCUUCGCUCACCACCAUAUAACAAAAAAUUCUCAAUUUGUGACCUGGUCGCCUUUCAAGAAGCAAAUAAAACAUUGCAUUCCUACCUGAAACACCUCAUGAGCACUGGAAAAAUUGCUGGAACUGUCCACAAAAAUCCCUUGACACCUGAAGCGGUACAACUCCUUUUCGAGAAAGGCGAACUUGCUUGCGCUGAAACCCGUGAUCCUCGCUGUUUAAUGCAAACAGUUUGGUUCUACAUUUCCUUGUAUUUUGGCAAACGAGGUCGUGAAAACCAGAGGGCAAUGAAGAAAUCGAUGUUACGUCUUUGUACAACAGGAACUGGAGAAGAGUACUUUGAGCUCAAUAAAGAUGAACCCGGGACGAUGCUUUCAAGCAAAAAUCACACUGGCGGUCUCGAAGGCACGGAAGACCACUCGGAUGGGAAGGUCUUCGCUCUCACAAAAUCGCCAAGAUGUCCAGUAAAUACCAUCAAAGCGUAUUUAAGUCACUUAAAUCCCGACAUUGACGUGUUGUUCCAGCGACCAAGACAUCCUUCUUCCAGGUUCAACCGAAACGAAGCCAUAGUUUGGUACGAGAAGAAAGUACUCGGCCAUAACAUGCUCAACAACAGGAUGCGAAAUAUGUCACAAAGAGCUGGAAUAUCGCCUUACUAUACCAACCAUUCGCUGCGAGCCACCACCGUUACUGUUUUAUCGUCCAACAAGGUUGAGACACGAAAGAUUAAAGCCGUAACUGGUCACAGAAGCGAUACAAGUAUCGAAAGUUAUUGCGCCAGACCAACUCUAAGCCAGUUUAAGCAGAUGUCGUCGACGCUGAGUUCGUUUGUUCAUGGCGAAGAAAAUACAGCAGCCACUUCAUCUUCGUCAAUCAUCCCAACUCCAGUUGCCCCUCGUCAACAUCCAGCAGAAAGCAGUGCAACAGUCGCAAACAGUACUGUAACCUUUGGCAGAAAUGAGGCAAAUAUCCUUCAAGCACAUAGUGUGAGGUGUCCUGAAUCAAUUCUUCCAUCUGGUACUUUCCAGGGAUGUUCAUUCACAUUUAACAUCAAUAUGAACAACAACUAA